AUGUUUCAGCUUUGGAAACUUGUUCUUUUGUGUGGCCUGCUCACUGGGACCUCUGGGUCUCUUCUUGGGAAUCUUGGCAACGACCUGAAUAAUGUUGUGAGCAACCUGAAACCUGUUCUUGAUAAAGGGCUUGAGACCAUUGAUAACACACUCGACGUUAUCCUUGGGAAACUGAAUGUCGACUUGGCUGUGCUUCAGGAAUCCAAAGUUUGGCAACUGGCCAAGCAUAAGAUCCAGGAAGCUGAAAAAAUAGUGACUGAUGCCCUUUCUAAUGUCCUUUCAUCUCACUACAAGUCUUUGGGAUUGAAAAUCAGCAAUGUCCACAUUGUGGAUGUCAGAGCUGAAUUGGCUUCUGAUGGCAAAGGCCUUAACCUGAGGCUCCCCAUCACUGCUGACGUCACCCUAACCUUGCCUCUCGUUCGCCAGAUAGUCAACCUGAAGCUUUCCUUGGACCUCUUGGCUGGUCUCGGAAUUGAAGUCGAUGACCAGACUGGGGUCUCCAAAGUGGUUCUGGGAGAAUGCAGCAGUGACUCAAACAGCGUCUCAAUCGCCUUGAAGGGCAGCCAUGCUGCACUGACCACCAAGGUCGUGGACUCUGUGACCAGCUUCCUGAGCAAGACCGUGUCCUUCCUGGUAGAGAAGCAGAUGUGCCCAUUGGUCCGCAUCUUCGUCUCCACCCUGGAUGUGGAAUUUGUUCAGAACGUCAUUGAGAAACUUCAGCAGGGACUCACCCCUGAAAUCGCUAUCUGAAGAAGGCAGAUGAGGAGGACCACUGUGAUGCCCUUAGCUGAUUAAUUCCCAGUAGCUUGACC